AUGAGCUCUAAUAACUUGCAGAAACUCAAAUAUGAUAAUAAACGCAAAGAUGAAGAAGAAGCAGAAGAUAACGUACUGUUUCAUCAAAGCGAGACAAUUCCGUUGUCAUCGCCGCCGCCAUAUGGGUUCUCGGAGCCGCCGUGGCCCUCCCAUUUUGUGGAGGAGGACAACAACGAGGAAGAAGUUGUGUAUGCAGAUAAGGUGAAAGUGCAGAUAUUUGACUUGGAGACUUCCUCUAACUCCACCUCCACCGUGGCUGUGCCGCCAUUCUCGUGGCGCAAGCUGUGGCUGUUCACGGGGCCGGGGCUGCUGAUGAGCGUGGCGUUUUUGGACCCUGGGAAUUUGGAGGGUGAUUUGCAGGCAGGAGCCAUUGGAGGGUACUCAUUGUUGUGGCUUUUGAUGUGGACCACCGUCAUGGGGCUGCUGAUACAGCUGUUGUCGGCGAGGCUCGGGGUGGCGAGCGGGAGGCACUUGGCGGAGCUCUGCCGGGAAGAGUACACAAGGUGGGCGAGGUUGGUACUGUAUGUGAUGGCGGAAAUGGCAUUGAUAGCUGCAGAUAUUCAAGAGGUUAUUGGUAGUGCCAUAGCCAUCAAGAUUUUAAGUCAUGGCGUUUUCCCUAUUUGGGCAGGAGUCGUAAUUACAGCCCUGGAUAGCUUUGUGUUCCUGUUUCUUGAGAACUAUGGAGUAAGAAAGCUGGAAGGUGUUUUCGCAAUUUUCGUAGGGACCAUGGCCCUUUCGUUUGCUUGGAUGUUCUUUGAUACAAAGCCUAGUCCUAAACAACUUCUUAUAGGUAUUUUAGUCCCAAAAGUGAGCUCAAAAACGCUUCGUCAAGCUGUGGAACUUAUAGGCUGUGUUAUAACUCCACACAACGUAUUUCUCCACUCAGCCCUAGUUCAAUCCAGAAACAUAGACAUAAAAAACAAAGGCCAAGUCCAAGAGGCUCUAAACUACUACACAAUCGAAUCCACACUUGCACUUAUCAUCGCCUUCUUCAUCAACCUCUCGGUCAUGACGGUCUUUGCUAGGGUUUUCUACGACACAGAACAAGACGACGCCAUCGGACUCGUAAACGCCGGCCAGUAUCUGCAAGAGAAAUAUGGCGGAGGGUUCUUCCCCAUACUGUAUAUUUGGGGAAUAGGGUUGUUGGCUGCAGGACAAAGCAGUACUAUUACCGGUACGUAUGCUGGACAGUUUAUUACAGAAGGGUUUCUGAAACUGCGUUUAAAGAAAUGGUUAAGGGCUCUGAUCACUAGAAGUCUGGCCAUUGUUCCUACCAUGAUUGUUGCUGUUGUGUUUAAUACUUCUGAAGGGUCUUUGGAUACUUUGAAUGAGUGGCUCAAUGUGGUUCAGUCCAUUCAGAUUCCUUUUGCUCUCAUCCCUCUUCUUACUUUGGUGUCUAAAGAGGAGGUCAUGGGCACAUUCAGAAUUGGACCCGUCGUGGAGAAAGUGGCAUGGACAGUGGCAGUGCUGGUAAUUCUGGUAUAUGGAUACAUGUUGCUGGACUUCUUCCUAUCAGAAGUGAAGGGAAUUGUGUAUGGUUUUGUGGUGUUCCUUUGUGCGGCUGCUUGGUUAUCCUUUAUAGCUUAUUUGGUCCAACACAGUGGUGCCUUUUCUUCUUUCCUCCACACUUCUCCUCAUUCCCGUGGCUUCUCCUCUCUUUCUGCCCAUUAA